AUGUACGACAGCACAAAGGUGCAAGUGUCAAAAGAUUUUGAUGAUAAAUUCGCACACAGUCACGGGCUUCUUGUCGCCCGUGAUCUUAUCACUGCAUUAAAAUGCUAUAGAGCUGCGGUGGUCGUCAUCCUUAACCAGAACCAUGUCGAGACGGUCGGCUUCCUGCUCGAGCUUGUGGCCGAGGCGACAUCAAAGCUGUCUACCAUUAACGACAAAAGAGAAGAUCCGGAUGCAAAUGCAACAGAGAGAAUUUGUCUAACGAGGGCUUUUGUCCUUAAAUGCCAGUUUCAGGUCAUACAACUUGCAAAACACUCGCUCUCCUGUCCCGACCAGACAGCGGACCUCAUACGCCGAGAUGAGGUACAGCUAGCCCUUGACGUUGCUAUUAGCUUCAUCGGGCACAGUUUCCAGUCAAUGCAGUACUAG